AUGUCGCAAGGCGACUGCAGUCAACGAAAGGAGAAAACCUCCAAGCAAACUGCACAGACCAUAAAGAUGGCGAAACUUCAUGAGUGUCCAGAUUGUGGUAAAAGAUUUAGUUAUCUUGGACAUAUGAAGACUCAUAGAAUGGUGCAUACAGGUGAUAAACCUCAUGAAUGCCCUGAGUGUGGAAAAAGGUUCAGACGUCUUGAUCACGUAAAAACUCACAUGACUGUGCACACAGGAGAUAAACCACACGAGUGUUCCGAGUGUGGGAAAAGAUUCAGUCGUCUUCAAGAUAUUAAGGUUCACAUCAUGGGGCAUACUGGUGAUAAACCUCAUGAGUGCCCUGAGUGUGGGAAAAGAUUUUGUCGUCUUCAAGAUAUGAAGACUCACAGAAGGUUGCAUACAGGUAAUAAGCCUCAUGAGUGUCCUGAAUGUGGGAAGAGAUUUAAUGAGCUUGGAAACAUGAAGACUCACAGAAUGGUGCAUUCAGGUGAAAAACCACACAAAUGUCUUGAGUGUGGGCAAAGAUUCAGCCGAUUUGGAAAUAUGAAGAUUCACAUGCUGGUGCAUAGUGGUGAAAAACCUCAUGAAUGUCCUGAGUGUGGAAAAAAAUUUAGCGAACUUAGUCAUAUGAAAACUCACAGGAUGGUGCAUUCAGGUGCUAAACCUCAUGAAUGUCCGAGUGUGGUAAAAGAUUCAGUCAACAGGGUCACAUGA